AUGGCAGCCUCACCAGAAGAAAUCUCAGCUCUUGAACUCAUUCGCCAACACCUUCUUGAUGAUUUUGCGUUUGUGGACUACUACUGUCUCUCAAACUUAUCAGAUAAUCCAUUAUCGCAAACUUCAAGUUCUGGGUCUGUCAAUUCUGAGAUGAGAAACAGUCCAACUCUCGCUUACUCUGUUUCUCUAUCAAACUAUGAUUCCAAAACUACAAGCUCAGAGCUUGAAGUCUCAAACUACCUCGAACUUGACCAAAACGAACACCACUCACAUCAAUUCAGUUUCAAUUCAAACCAAAACGAACACUUCGAAUUCGAAACAAAGACACAGAAAAAUGAUUCGAAGUCACCAAAAACAUCGAGUUUCAGUGAUCGCAAACCAUCAUUGAAUAUCUCUAUACCACCAGCAGCGAAGAAUCUUGAGUGGCAGUCAGAGCUGAAUAAUCCUCAGCCGCAGGUACCGGUGGCUGAUAGGAAAGUGUCAGAUUCCAGCGAGAAAAAGCACUACAGGGGAGUCAGACAACGGCCAUGGGGGAAGUUCGCAGCUGAGAUUCGAGACCCAAAUCGAAGAGGGUCUCGAGUUUGGCUCGGAACAUUCGACACCGCCAUUGAAGCAGCAAAAGCCUAUGACAGAGCAGCGUUCAAGCUAAGAGGAAGCAAAGCCAUCCUGAACUUCCCACUUGAAAUUGGGAAAAACUUGACGGAAUCUCGCCCACCGGCGAGCUGUGGCCGGAAAAGAGCGAGAGAGGAGGAGAAGGAAGAGAAGGGGAGCCAUAAGGAAGUGAAGACAGAGGAGAUGACGGAAAACAGUGACGGCAAGAGUGAAAUUGUUUCAACGGCGGCUUGUCCAUUAACGCCGUCAAGUUGGACCACAGUUUGGGAUUCUGGGGAUGUCAAUGGUAUUUUUGAGGUGCCUCCGUUAUCGCCGUUAUCAACCUAUGCAAGUUUAGGUUAUUCUCCGCUUAUGUGGACAGUGGUGGACUUUGAUUUUUCUCCACCUCCAAGUUGCACAACUCAAGGACAACACGGUGAACUGUCUUCUUGUUCUUUUGCAAUCACUCUUCUGUUCAAUAACCCAACCCACAGGGCGGCUGUCGGCGUUGGCGGAGUGGGUUGGAGGUGGAGGCCCAUGACGGGGAAUUUGGUGUUUGUUAGUUAA